GUCGUGCGUCAUGUGUUGACUAUUUCUACUGGUUUGUCUCAACGAAACAGACAGAUUUCGCAAGUCACGGGAAUCAAUUUACUUACAUAAAUAUGACCGUUUUAUCGGUGUCGGUACGAUGUUCUCUGUUCUGAAAGGCGCUAUUAGUUGCCUUUAUUUGUUAAUAAACAGCGUUAAUGUUGUUUUCAGUCUGACAUGCUAAUGUAGCUUAGCCUUUUGCUGAGUCGACGAGGUGACGUCACGUUGUUGGCUUCACGUUAGCUAAACUACAAAGCGCUCCAGAUGCGGCUAAAAGAUCCCUUAAUUUUGAACGCCGCCGACAUGACUAAGCGGACAAAUAAACCCAGGAAACCUCGAGAUGAGGAGUCAUCAGAUGAAGUCAGUGGUUUGACCUGCCAGCAUGUGAGCAAGGCAGUGGAUUUAACCUCUGUGAAGAAGGCGGUGAGCUCCAGCCUGUGGUUGGUGUGCUCAGAGUGUCUGAAGGAAAGGACCAUGAUCGACGGAGAGCUGGCAGCAUUCCAUGAAAUCCUGGUCUGCCUCAAGUGUGGUUUCCAGGGUUGUAACCAGUCAGGGAUCCAGCAUUCUGUCAAGCAUCACCAGAUAUACCAUCCAGAGUCUCACUGCAUCACCAUCAGCCUUAGCACCUGGAAGGUUUGGUGCUUUGAAUGUAAUGAAGACCUUUCUACUCACUGUAACAAGAAAGCUUUGGCUCAGACGCUGGACUUUCUACAAAAACACUCCAUCAAGGCAGCAUCAGUAACAUCACCAAAGGUCAUAAAGCUUCGAGAGGACCUGACAGACUAUUCUGAUCCACCUCGGGGCAAGAGCCCAGUAAUCAGCAACAGCUUAGUUCCUGUCAAAGGCAUCACAAACCUGGGUAACACCUGCUUCUUUAACGCUGUUAUGCAGAACCUGUCCCAGACACACAUGCUCAUAGACCUCAUCCAGGAAGUAAAGGAAAAAGGCUACAAACUGAAGAUCUGCCCGCCUGCCGAGACCAAUCUGAGUGCACUGACCGUGACGUUGCCCAGUCCAGAGCCCCUGACCACGGCCAUGUUUCUCUUCCUCCAGAACAUGAAAGAUCUGGGGAAAAGUCUGGUCAAUCCCAAGAUCCUUUUCAACCAGCUCUGCCAGAAAGCGCCGCGCUUUAAAGGUUACCAACAACAGGACAGCCAAGAGCUUCUGCACUAUUUACUGGACGCCAUACGAGUUGAAGAAACAAAAAGAGUGAAAGCAGGUAUUCUGAAAGCUUUCAACAACCCCACAGAGAAGACUGCGGAUGAGGAAACCAAGCGUCAAGUCAAAGCAUAUGGGAAGGAAGGUGUGAAGAUGAACUUCAUUGACCGCAUCUUUGUGGGCGAGCUGACCAACACAAUAAUGUGUGAAGAGUGUGAACAUAUCUCCACCGUGAAGGAGGCGUUUAUUGACAUCUCUCUGCCCAUCAUAGAGGAAAGGAUAUCAAAACCAUCCAAUCCUGGAAGGUCGAGUAAAGGCAGCCAGGAGCAGGAUGGGCACAUGGCUCAUGGUGACCAAGUUCUUUCUGUAUCGCACAACAGGAACACCAGGAAGCUGAGCGGACAGAAGCAGCAAGGCAGGAGGCCUUCAAGCUCAGCGGAGGAGAAAGGAGGAGGCCACAGUGUUGAAAAGCUAGAAGAGGAGGGGCUGGCUGCCAGUUCAGUCUGCGGUGUCUCAGUUUGUAAGACGACUGUUGCUGGCAGCCAAUCAGACGGCAGUGAACGGGGCUCGGGUUCUCAGGACAGCAGUAACGAUGCUGACAGUGAGGCCUCGGAGAGCGAGUGGGCUCCUCGCACCUCCUCCUCCAGCCACAGUCACAGUCAGGUUUCCAGCCCUUCAUCCACCUCAACCCUCACACCUUCCCCGACACCCGCCUCUGCCUCUGCCUCCUCGACGUCACCCUCCACCAGGCAAGGUGGCGCUGUGGAGCAACUAGUUAAUUCAGUUUCUAAGGUCAACCUGGGGUUCACUUCUGGGGACUGCAGCACAUCUUCCACGCACUGUUCUCCAGAGGAACCGGCAGAAAUGCACAAACUUCACCAUCAGCACCACCAGGGGGCGUUCCAGGCGCUGUCCCACAGUUACACGCCCUUCUCCAAAGAGUGCUCCAUCCAGUCGUGCCUCCACCAGUUCACCUCUGUGGAGCUGCUGAUGGGCAACAACAAGCUGCUGUGUGAAAGCUGCACCGAGCGACGACAAAAACAGCUGCGCAAGAGCGGAUCAGCCGAUAAGAAGCUGGAGAAGAUUUACACCAGUGCUCGUAAGCAAAUGUUGAUUUCUUGGCUGCCUCCUGUCAUCACAUUACAUCUUAAACGCUUCCACCAGGCGGGCAUGAACCUACGAAAGGUGAACCGCCAUGUUGACUUUCCGUUGAUCUUAGAUCUGGCUCCUUUCUGUUCAGCAUCUUGCAAGAACGUUGCAGGGACUGAAUGUGUCCUCUACAGCCUGUAUGGGAUUGUUGAACACAGUGGCUCGAUGAGGGGGGGCCACUACGCUGCAUACGUUAAAGUCCGCGCUCCGCAGAGGAGAACGGAUCAGCGCCAGAGAAACAUGUCAGGUGUGAGGGACGCCGGUGCCAGUUCCCAGGGACAGUGGGUCUACGUUAGUGAUACCACUGUUCAGAUGGUUCCAGAGUCACGAGUGCUCGGCUCUCAGGCGUACCUGCUCUUCUAUGAAGAAAUUCUGUGAUGUGAUCAUAGAAA